CUGUCAUCCGUCACGAUGCCGGUGAACGGUGGAGGCAGGUCGUCUUGUGCGAGCCGGGUAUCCUCAACCGCAGGGGGUUCCGGUUCGAUGCAGGGAACAAGAACUGGCGAGCAAACGGGUGAAUUAGAAUUACACUCGCAACGAACGUACAAGGAGACCUACAUCGGUCAGUUUCUCGGGGCGCUCAGCAGGUCCCAAUCCUUGGGGUCGCCCGAGACCACGGGAGUGAAAUUAGUGAGAACAACUUCAUCUACUUCGAACAGGUUCUUGAGCGUGUCAUCUUCUGGAAGACCCAGCAGAACUUCUUCAUUACUGACGAAGAACAGUCAAAAUCACCAUUGUGCUGUCCUUGGGGCUGAAACAAGCAAAGCCAAUGGGUCAAAAUCAAAAACAUCUGGCGAAGCUGUGCAGAACUACGCCAAUAGUACUGCACUUGUAUUGAAGGACUAUGCCGAGAAGGAGAAG